AGGCGGCGGAAGAUGGCGGUGGGGAUUGGCAGGGAGGAGGCGGCGGCAGCAGCGCUUCUGCGAGCGAGCCCGUCGGCAGCCAGCGCCGGCGCGGACCGCGGCUGAGCAAGGAGCCGGCUGGGGCUGCGCCACCACCGCCCUCCCCGGCGCCGGACCCUCCUCCUCCUCCUCUCCUUCCCUCCCUCUCUCCCUCCCUCCCUCCCUCUCGCCUUCCCCGCCUGCCCCGGCCCUCCGCCCUCGCGCCCGGCCCGGCAUGGAAGCUGGCGCUCCGCCGUGUCGCUGCCGCCGCCGGCGCUGAGCGGGGCCGCCCGCCCGCCGCUCCCGGGAGCGGGGAAGAUGUCGGACACCAAGGUGAAAGUUGCCGUCAGGGUCCGGCCCAUGAACAAGAGAGAGCUGGACCUGAAUACCAAGUGCAUCGUGGAGAUGGAAGGGAACCAGACUGUGCUUCACCCGCCGCCUUCCAACGCCAAGCAGGGAGAAAGAAAACCACCAAAGGUGUUUGCCUUUGAUCACUGCUUCUGGUCCAUGGAUGAAUCAAACACCACAAAAUAUGCAGGUCAGGAAGUGGUGUUCAAGUGCCUUGGAGAAGGAAUUCUGGAAAAGGCCUUUCAGGGAUAUAACGCUUGUAUUUUUGCCUAUGGACAAACAGGUUCAGGAAAAUCCUUUUCCAUGAUGGGCAAUGCAGAGCAGCUGGGUCUGAUCCCACGGCUCUGUUGUGCUUUAUUUCAGAGAAUCUCUGUAGAAGAAAAUGAAUCUCAUACUUUUAAAGUUGAAGUGUCCUAUAUGGAAAUCUACAAUGAGAAAGUCAGAGAUCUGCUUGACCCAAAAGGGAGUCGGCAGUCCCUCAAGGUUCGAGAGCACAAGGUGUUGGGUCCAUAUGUCGAUGGUCUGUCUCAGCUGGCUGUUACAAACUUUGAGGAUAUUGAGUCACUGAUGUCAGAAGGAAACAAAUCACGAACAGUUGCAGCAACCAACAUGAAUGAAGAAAGCAGCCGCUCUCAUGCUGUGUUCAAUAUUAUAGUGACUCAGACUCUCUAUGACCUGCAUUCUGGUAAUUCUGGAGAGAAGGUCAGCAAGGUCAGCCUGGUGGAUUUGGCUGGGAGCGAGAGAGUGUCCAAAACGGGAGCUGCAGGAGAGCGCCUGAAGGAAGGCAGCAACAUAAACAAAUCACUUUCAACACUGGGGUUGGUCAUAUCAUCACUUGCUGACCAAGCAGCAGGGAAGGGGAAAAACAAGUUUGUGCCUUACAGAGACUCUGUACUCACUUGGCUUCUCAAGGACAACUUGGGAGGAAACAGCCAAACUGCCAUGAUAGCCACAAUUAGUCCAGCAGCAGACAACUAUGAGGAAACACUCUCAACUCUGAGAUACGCAGACAGAGCCAAAAGGAUAGUUAACCAUGCUGUGGUGAAUGAAGAUCCAAAUGCUAGGGUCAUCAGAGAAUUACGUGAAGAAGUUGAAAAACUGAAAGAACAGCUCUCACAAGCUGAGGCCAUGAAGGCACCAGAACUGAAGGAAAAAUUGGAAGAAUCGGAAAAACUAAUAAAAGAGUUGACAGUCACCUGGGAAGAAAAGCUAAGAAAAACAGAAGAAAUUGCACAGGAGAGGCAAAGACAGCUGGAGAGCAUGGGAAUCUCCCUCGAGUCUUCAGGUAUCAAGGUUGGGGAUGACAAGUGUUAUCUGGUGAACCUGAAUGCAGACCCUGCACUCAACGAGCUUUUGGUUUACUAUUUAAAGGAUCACACAAGAGUUGGUGCAGAUACCUCUCAGGAUAUCCAGCUCUUUGGUAUAGGAAUCCAACCAGAACACUGUGAGAUUGAUAUUGCUUUAGAUGGAGAAGUUACACUCACACCAAAAGAAAAUGCAAGAUCAUGUGUAAACGGUGCACUGGUAUGUUCUGCCACUCAGUUAUGGCAUGGAGAUAGAAUAUUAUGGGGAAACAACCACUUUUUUAGAAUCAAUUUACCAAAGAGGAAACGUCGAGAUUGGCUGAAAGACCUUGAGAAAGAAACUUCCUUAGGAGAGCAUGAUCUGGAUGCAGCUAGUGAAGCUUCUUCAGAACCAGACUACAACUAUGAGUUUGCACAAAUGGAAGUUAUUAUGAAGACUCUGAAUAGUAAUGACCCAGUACAAAAUGUGGUGCAGAUCCUGGAGAAGCAGUACUUGGAGGAGAAGCGGAGCGCUCUGGAGGAGCAGCGGGUGAUGUACGAGCGCGAGCUGGAGCUGCUGCGGCAGCAGCUCUCCCCAGAGAGGCAGCACCAGCACGGCAGCGACAGGCUCUCCUACACUGCUCAGGCUGCACAGCAGAAAGUCAAUCUCUGGACAGAGGAGAGGGAUGAAUUGUUUCGACAGAGCCUGGCUAAACUUCGAGAGCAAAUAGUAAAGGCAAAUACUCUGGUGAGAGAAGCAAACUUCUUAGCAGAAGAAAUGAGUAAGCUAACAGAUUAUCAAGUAACACUUCAGAUCCCUGCUGAAAACCUCAGUGCCAACAAAAAGAGGGGUGCAAUAGUAAGCGAGCCUGCAAUUCAAGUGAGAAGAAAAGGAAAAGGUACUCAAGUGUGGACUAUUGAGAAACUAGAGAACAAAUUGAUUGACAUGAGAGAUCUCUAUCAAGAAUGGAAGGAGAAAAUUCCUGAGAUAAGGAAGCUGAUUGGCAAGAGAGGAGAUCCUUUCUACGAAGCACAGGAGAACCACAACUUGAUUGGCGUGGCCAACGUGUUUCUGGAGUGCCUUUUCUACGACGUGAAGCUGCAGUACGCCGUGCCCAUCAUCAGCCAGCAGGGCGAGGUGGCAGGGCGGCUGCAUGUUGAAGUGAUGCGUGUCACUGGGUCUGUCCCAGAACGUGUGGUAGAAGGAGAUGACUCCUCUGAGAACUCCAGUGAGAGUGGGAGUCUGGAAGUCAUGGAUAACAACGGAGAAAUUAUUCACAGAGCGAAAAAGCUCUCCUGCAGGGUAAAAAUAAAAGAAGCAACCGGACUGCCACCUAAUCUCUCCAACUUUGUCUUUUGUCAAUACACAUUUUGGGAUCAAUGCGAGUCAACGGUAGCAGCACCAGUGGUAGAUCCAGAUGUGCCUUCACCUCAGAGCAAAGAUGCUCAUUUUACAGUGGUCUUCUCUCACUGUAAGGACUAUGUGGUGAAUGUCACAGAGGAGUUUUUGGAGUUCAUUUCAGAAGGAGCUCUUGCUAUUGAGGUGUGGGGUCACAGGUGUACUGGCAAUGGCAGCUCUGUUUGGGAAGUUGAUUCUCUUCAUGCAAAAACUAGGACACUGAGAGACAGAUGGAAUGAAGUAACUCGAAGAAUAGAAAUGUGGAUUUCCAUACAAGAAUUGAAUGAGAUGGGAGAAUACACUGCAGUGGAACUCCAUCAGGCAAAAGAUGUAAACACAGGGGGAAUUUUCCAGCUUAGGCAGGGUCAUUCUCGCAGAGUUCAGGUGACGGUGAAACCCGUGCAGCAUUCGGGAACGUUGCCUCUCAUGGUAGAGGCAAUUCUUUCAGUCUCUGUAGGUGGGGUGACUGCCAGAUCAACCAAACUGCAAAGGGGCUUGGACAGCUACCAGAAGGAGGAGGAUGAUGGUGGUGAUAUGGAUAGUUACCAGGAAGAAGAUUUGAACUGUGUACGAGAAAGGUGGUCUGAUGCAUUAAUAAAACGCAGAGAAUACCUAGAUGAGCAGAUCCAAAAGAUCAGCAACAAACAAGAAAAAUCUGAGGAUGAUAUAGAACGAGAAGCCCGGCUGGUGGAGCAGUGGGUAGGGCUGACGGAAGAGAGGAAUGCAGUGUUUGUUCCAGCACCAGGCAGUGGAAUUCCCGGUGCCCCCGCAAAUUGGAUUCCACCUGCAGGAAUGGAAACACAUAUACCUGUCCUCUUCCUUGAUCUGAAUGCUGAUGACCUCAGUGCCAAUGAACAACUUAUAGGUCCCCAUGCAUCAGGAGUUAACUCAAUACUACCAAAGGAGCAUGGGAGCCCAUUCUUUUAUCUGCCGAUCAUAAAACACAGUGAUGAUGAGGUUUCAGCCACUGCUGCCUGGGACUCUUCUGUCCAUGAUUCAGUGCACCUGAAUAGGGUAACGCCUCAGAAUGAGAGAAUUUACUUAAUAGUGAAGACUACUGUGCAGCUCAGUCACCCUGCUGCAAUGGAACUGGUAUUACGCAAAAGAAUUGCAGCCAACAUUUAUAACAAGCAGAGUUUUACCCAGAGCCUGAAAAGGAGAAUAUCCUUGAAAAAUAUAUAUUAUGCCUGUGGAGUGACUUAUGAAAUAGUAUCCAAUAUACCAAAGGCUACAGAAGAAAUUGAGGAUCGUGAGACCUUAGCACUGAUGGCUGCAAGGAGUGAGAAUGAGGGCACAUCCGAUGGUGAAACCUACAUUGAGAAAUACACACGUGGUGUGCUGCAAGUGGAGAACAUUCUGAGCCUUGAACGACUAAGACAGGCAGUCACUGUCAAAGAGGCGCUCUCCACCAAAGCCAGGAACAUCCGCAGGAGCAUCAGCACUCCGAACGUGCACAAUGUGUCCUGUAGUCGACUGGAUCUUUCUGCCUGUGAUGAAGAUGACAAGGGUUGGUCUGAAAGUCACCUAGAUAUAUCUGACUGUUGUUCCAGUUAUCAAGAUGUAUCAUGCUAUGGUACUUUGCCCAGGGAGUCACCUCGCAAGAGCAAAGAUGGCAGUGGUGUUGUAGCAGAGAAUUCCCAUGCUUUAAUGGCCAGCCCUUUUAAAGCAUUUUCUCCCCAGCCACCAAAGUUUUUCAAGCCCUUAAUGCCAGUGAAAGAGGAACAUAAAAGGAAGACCCCACUUGAAAGCCGACCUCUACUUAGUCAAGAGAGCAUGUCUCCAUCUCAGGUGCACUGUGCUGGCUGUGCUGUGCCUGCAGGAAGCAGUGCCAGCAGCAUGCCUGAGGAGAAGAUUGACUCUGAGGAGGAAGACAGUGAGUUAGAGGCCAUUAAUAAGAAACUGAUAAGUCCACAAAGUUUUCAAAAUUUCCGGCCUUAUGUCCCGGAGGAGUUUGCCGACUUCAGUAUUUACAAUGCUAGCCUGGAGAACAGGGAGUGGUUUUCCUCUAAAUCAGACUUCAUGGGCUCCCGUGUUCUUGAGAAGGAGGUGUCCCGCAGCCCCACCACUAGCAGCAUCACUAGUGGCUACUUUUCCCACAGUGCCUCUAAUGCCACCCUGUCUGACAUGCUUGUUCCCUGUAGUGAUAGCACAGACCAGCUAGCCAGUCACUCCAAGGAGCUGGACUCCAGUGAUCCCUCAGGACCAUCCCUUGCACAUGAUUUAGCAUCUUCUUUGAACAAGGAAUGUCGAGAGUUAGAAAAGGAGUUAGCGAGAGAGAAAUUACCUGUGGUACCACUGAAAGAAAACAGUGCCUUAACAGAGCAAGUACCACUGUCAUUCAGUGCCACUGACAGAGACUCUCAGCAGCUACCCAGAGCUGGAUCCCUCUCAGCUCUAAGUUCCUUGGAUGGCAAGAGCACCAUUGAAUUUUCAGCACACGAGGUGACAGUUGAGCGCACGACGGACGUUCUGGAAGAUCACUCCUUUACUGAGUUCAUGGGUGUUGAAGAUGGGAAGGACUUUGACCAUUCAGCAGCUCCACAGUCAGGUUCCCUUCUGUCCUCUAACGGAGCGAGCGCCUCGGAGUCACCCCGAGGCCCUGGCAAGGGGCAGAGCCCGUGCAUGGGCCAGCAGAGCUCUGCAGCAGCAGGUGACAGCUGGCUUGCAGGUGCUGUGGAAAGCCCUUUUUGCUCUGGACUGGUGAAAGACACUUCAGCCCCUGAGACUUACCCCAAUGCUUCCACGGACGAUUUUAUUACGAAGGACCACUUGGAUGGUUCUGAUUGUGAAGAAGGUGCUUCUGCAGAUCAAACCCACGUCUUGCCAAGCUGGGUGGCCGUGGGCGAGCAAGUGUGUGUUGGAAGUAAUAAGAUGGGCACAGUGAGAUACGUUGGAACAGUGGAUUUUUCAGCUGGAAUCUGGGUUGGAGUUGAACUCAAUGUUCAGCUGGGGAAGCACGAUGGAAUUGUGAAAGGCAGAGAGUACUUCCACUGCAAACCACGACAUGGUGUUUUCGUUCGUCCGGGGCGCCUCAGCAAAGCACCAGCUCCCACAAGGAAAUGGAGUAGCACUUCCCGGUCUCAGGCAUCUUCCACUUUGGAGAAACGGAAGAGUUCUGUGCUUCAAGGCUCAUCAGCCACUCCCAAGACAGGAGGAGACGUCCUCUGCCAUUCAGGAGAUGCAGCAGCUUCUGCUUUUUCUAGGAAACAAGAAAACAGGAAAUCUUGGAUUAACUAAACCGCAGUAUUUUUGCACUUACUACACGCAUCACUGUGUAGAAAAUUUUACGGAUUUUUGAAGCUAUUGUACAUUUUAACCUGUCCAUACGGAAUGUGUAUUCUCUAGAGUCCUUGACUUAAUUCUCUAAUUUUUUAUAAAUAAUAUAUAUAUUAUAUAUAUAUGAAUGUGUAUCUAUAGUUUGUCUGCCAGUGGGCAGAUGCGGCUGCACACUAAAACACAGUUAAAGCUGAUUGUAGAUAACUGAGGUACUGGACUAUUUGUUACGCAACAACUUGGGAGAUAUAUUUUAAACAACAAAAGAUAUUUUAUUGAGGAAAAACCAGGAUGUAAAUCCAUAUUUGGAGGAAAAACCCAACCGCUACGGUUUGCUGUUCUUAAUUACCAAAGAACUUGUUUUAGACUGACAUAUUUGCUGUUUAUAUCUUUCUAUUGUAAAUGUUUUAACUGGUAACUUGGUGCCAUGUUUCUUUCAGUCACUGGGCACCGUGCAGCCUUCCGUGUUUAAGCACACUGAAAUAUCCAACUGCUUCGUAUGUUUUGUCUUCCUAGAGGCCUGCCACUGUGCUGACUUGGUGUUGGAAUGACUGACGAUGCCUGAAGCUAUGAGUCUGGCAUUUCACAUGUUAGCAAAAGCCAGCCGGGCAGCUUGACUGCAGAAACAGUAUUACUGCAAGGGUGUGAGAGGACAACAUUCUGGGUUUUUUUAGGGGGUUUUGGGUUUUUUGGGUGUGGGGUGGGGAGAAAUGGGAAAUAAAGAAGCAGUAAAUGGAUCAUGACUGCAAACUUUGCACUUGUUACUUGCCGGUUUAUUAUCAAGAUGAAAUAGAACCUGCUAAAGUAAUUUUAAUCUGUAAAGUUUAUUUUAAUAAUGGGAAUGAUGGAGGGAUUUAUGUCUGGUGCUCAUGAAUUCCUAAGAAGGUUGUUCCACAUGUAGAUACUGUAGAUGCUUGUACAAGUGUUCUGGAUGUUUGUAAAGCAACAUGGUAAAAAAAUGAGUGAAGUGAAUGGCCUGCUGUAUCAUUUCUUUGUUCCUUAGCAAGUGAAUGAUUGAGAUACCUGGGACCUUACUGAAAAGCUGCUGUUCUUUCUUUGAUUGUUGUGUACAGUAAGCAGACUCUCGUAUUUUACUAUUUACUGUAAAGAACUGUAAUUUAUAUACUGCCAUACUGUAUUUAAUUGGUGCAGACCUAUUGUGUGUUAGAAUACAGACUGUUUACUUGGGAUUUAAAAAAAAUGUUUUGCUUUUGUUUGGUACAAUUAGGCUUCAUGCUCAAACAGAGGGAGCUGUUUCUAGCUGGUGCUGCUGAGAUUCGAAGGGCUUGGUAAAAAUGCUGAAGGAUAGUGUGGCUGGAGUGGAAGACUGUGUGGUAUGAACCCAUGUUACCACUGAGCCUCAGAGGAGAACAGUACCUCUGUGGAUACACAUUCCUCACCUUCUGCUUUUCCAGUCCCUCCAAGGAGAGGCAGUGGAACCAUGGAACUCCUGUCGGAGAGCAGAAUCAUGCAGGUCAAGGGGAGUUGGGACAAGUACCUGGAAGACAGACAGGAGAGGAACAUUGCUAAAUAUAUAAAGGCCUCAGCUGGCUGCAGCAUGCUUGGCAGCCAGGAGGGCAGUGUGGUGGGGAAGGCAGUGAAAGGAGGGGCUGUCAAGUGCAGUGCACUUGCCCUUGCUGUGGCUUUUGUCCCUUCUAAGACAGGAUUCUCAUGUGCUAAUUGAUUUUGGUAAAAUGCAUAUCUUUGCAGAACAGUUCAUGCUUCUGGUGUCCAGCUAGAGUUGCUCUCACUGCAUCAAUGACACUGCUGCUGGAGGAAACUAGUGUAAUAGAAAAAGAUUUUGUGCAGAAUUAUUUUAUCAGGCACAGAUAAUUGUGGAACACUGCCACAUGUCAACACCAGACACCCCAGUGUUCUGCAGUUAAGUUUAGAUGUUUAAUCUUUUUAUAAACCUUCUAGGAAAUUUACUUACUCGUUGGCAUUAACAUAUUUGUCCAGGACUACUACAAACAAUUUUGAAAAUUAAUGUGGCCAUUUUCUUAUGGCACACAUUCAGUUACACCAGGUUAGCAUCAGCCAGCAUCAGCUGGGCUCUUCACUGUUUCAGACUGCUGAGAAUACAGAAUGCAUGAUUGCCUAUUCCAAGAGCACAGUUAUCUCAGUCUUUCUGAAGCAAUCAAUCUGUAUAUUCCAGAGACCAAAGCAAGCCAACCUUGUGUCCUUCUGUACCCAUUUCACAUAACCUAUGCCAGCAUGAGUUCUGUUGUUAUUAAAAGACUUGUACUUUUGCAAACCUUGCAUGUUAA